AUGUCCGGCCAGUCGACACAGUCGCAGGUCACCCCUUAUCUGGUUCUCCUGGUGUUUAUCGCUACCUUGGGUCCGCUUCAAUUUGGUUAUCACUUGGCCGAACUGAACGCCCCUCAAGCUGUUGUCACCUGCGAAAAGGAAUCCAUCAGUGCUACCGAUACUACCUUCCAUGGCCUACCGCAAUGCCUUCCAAUGAACCCGUCCCAGUUCGGCCUGGUUUCCUCCAUCUACACCAUUGGAGGCUUUGUGGGAGCCCUACUAGCUGGCCCCGUGUCCACUAAAUAUGGACGUCGGCUAGCACUCCAAGCGACGACCAUUUUCUUCAUAUUGGGCCCCGUGGCUGAGACCUUCGCCCCUGUCAUUCCGCUCCUCGCACUGGGGCGAUUUCUUUCUGGAAUCGGAUCAGGCGCAGCGAUCGUCGUCGGCCCCAUCUAUGUAUCGGAGAUUGCACCUCCCCAGUCGCGGGGGUUCUUUGGGGCUUUCACACAGGUGAUGACCAAUGUUGGGAUCCUGCUUACUCAAACAUUAGGCUAUUUUUGGAGUCACGACAGCCUUUGGCGGCUGAUUCUCGCCGUGGCUGGUCUUAUCGGAAUACUGGAGCUCCUUGGCCUAUUUAUGAUACCCGAGAGUCCGAAAUGGCUUGCCGAGAAUCAAAAGACGGGCCAGGCACGCAAGGUCUUGCAGCGUAUCCGUGGCCGGAAUGCGGAUAUUGAAGCGGAGAUGGCCAGUUGGCGGGCUACGAGCACCACCGCUGCGAGUAAUUCUGCUACUCCUACGUCCGGCGAGGAGGAAUCUCUACUCGCCCCAGCCCCGGCAAGUGAAGAUGAACAAAAAGCGGCAGUCACAAUGAUGGAGGCAGUUCGAGACCCAUACUAUCGACCAGCUAUCAUCGCGGUGGUUGGAAUUAUGGUCGCUCAGCAACUCACCGGCGUGAAUAGCAUUGUCAUGUACAGUGUCUCGCUUUUGCAAAGUAUCCUACCCGGUACAGCCGCACUGCUGACCAUUUUGAUCUCCGCUAUCAAUCUAAUCAUGACGCUCGCGUGCUCACCAUUGCCCGAUCGGAUCGGACGGAAAACUUGUCUGCUGCUCAGUAUUGCCGGUAUGGGUUGCAGUUCUAUCCUCUUGGCAUUGGGGAUCUAUUUCAAUAUCAAGAUUGCGGCGGCAAUCGCCGCUCUGUUGUUUGUCGCGUCAUUUGCUGUUGGGUUGGGCCCCGUCCCCUUCAUCCUAGCAUCCGAACUGGUCGGCCCUGAGGCGGUUGGAGCAGCGCAGAGUUGGGCACUGGGGGCGAACUGGAUUGCCACCUUUGUGGUUGCGCAGUUUUUCCCGGUGUUGAAUGAAGCACUCGGAGGCCGAGGCAAAGUUUACUGGGUGUUUGCUGCGAUGGCGGGAAUUUUUAGUGUAUUUAUUCAGCGUAGGAUCCCGGAGACCAAGGGCAAGGCCAACGUGGACGAAGUUUGGGGACGGGUGGACCGUCGGCAGGACUAG